GUAUUUCGGGACUCGGGGAUCAGCUGCCCGAUCGCCGGGGCAUCGAGCUCCGGCCGGGGUCACUCCUCACCCUCCGUCCCGUCCAGCUCCGGAAUCGCACAAAGCGCAGCGGCGAUCGGUGCCAGUGCCGGUACCGGGGUCUGGGGUCCGGGGUUCCCCCCCCCCCUGGUCGCACUCGGUUUUCAACCCCCCCCCCCCCCCCCCCCGUCAGCAGCGGUGGGGCGGAGCGGGACCGAAGCUCGGCCCGUGUCCCGGGGGAGGGCAGCCUUCCAUCUAUAGGCAGCCGCUGCCCCGCGCCCGGAUAUAAGGCGGGCCCGGCGGAUCCGCCGCCGCAGCUCCUGCAGAACCCGCUCUCGCUCCGCAAUGGCCCCCAAAAAAGAACCCAAGAAGGAAGCCGCAAAACCAGCCGCACCCGCACCGCCUCCCCCAGAAGCCGAGCCUCCCAAGGAGCCAGCCUUCGACCCAAAGAGUGUCCGGAUUGAAUUCAGCAACGACCAGAUUGAAGAAUUCAAGGAAGCUUUCGCCCUUUUCGACAGGACCCCGUCCUGUGAGAUGAAAAUCACCUACGCCCAGUGCGGCGAUGUCAUGCGAGCCCUCGGGCAGAACCCCACCAACGCUGAGGUCAUGAAAGUGCUGGGCAAACCCAAACCAGAAGAGAUGAACCAGAAGAUGUUGGACUUUGAGACCUUUCUCCCAAUGCUGCAACACAUCUCAAGAAGCAAGGACCAGGGCACUUUGGAAGAUUUUAUAGAAGGUUUGAAAGUCUUUGACAAGGAAGGAAACGGCACGGUAAUGGGGGCAGAGCUUCGUCAUGUGCUCGCGACGCUGGGAGAGAAGAUGUCCGAGAGUGAGGUGGAGCAGCUGAUGGCCGGACAGGAGGAUUCCAACGGGUGCAUCAACUAUGAGGCUUUCGCAAAGCACAUCUUAUCCGGAUGAAAUGCUUCAAACUGUGAGUUCACAGUGCAACUGCUGGUGAAGAAGUGACUAGAAGAUGCGGAGCAGCCAAUGUCUCCAUCAACAACCACUGCUGCUGCCACCCCGAUGUUACCCAGCAAGUGAACACCUUCACGUGUUAUUGGGCGGACCUGCCAUUAGCACUGAAAUCUAUCUGCUCUCGCUGUGUGCACUGUGUUGUGUCUCAGGACAAGCUCCAUCACUCUCAGGCCAUCUCCAAUUGUCCAACGACGUGUAUCUUAAUUUAUGAGUUUAUACCACAAAUUAAA